UGUGUUGAUGUUUUGAAUUUGGAGAGCUGCUUUGGUACUCAUCGUGACCAUCUAUAACUUAAACUGUAACUACCGAUUUUCUAGUGAACUAUUUCUUCCAAACCAUGUCUUUUUCAAGAGCUCCAGUGAAGCGAUUUAAUGAAAAUAUCGGCUGCGCCCCAGCACCGGGCACCUACGAGCUGAAACCAGGAGAGGUGAAGGGACCUGCCUCUUUCCUCCGGUCAGAGCGCUUCAAACUGCUCAAGGCCAGUGAUGCUCCCAGCAUCCUACCACCAUCUCCUUCUAAAGAUGUGCCCACGUCACCUGUGGCUGUGCGUAGGACCAUGUCUGUGGAUGGACUGGUUGACGGAUCCAUGUCAAAGAAAGACAAGAGUGGCCAAUCGAUGCAGAUGAAACGGCAGAAACUCCUGGAGAAAGAGAUCCGCUCCCUGGUGCAGCAGCGCGGGGAGCAGGACAGGCGCCUGGUAACCCUGGAGGAGGAGCUGAGGAAGGUGGAGGCCAAGCUGUUGUCUGUGGUCAGGGAGAAGACUGGUCUGGCAGCUAACGUCACCACCUUGGAGAGACAGCUGGCUGAGCUCAAGAAGACUAACGACUUCCUCAAGAACAAGGUUUCUGCAGACACAACUAAGAAGCGAUUCCAGUCUAUGUCUAUGGAGCUGAUGGAGGCAAGAAACAAACUGGAUGUCAAGGACAAGGAGCUGAGUUUCCUGCAGAUCAGUACAGGGGGCCAGGUGAUGUUGCUGGAGACAGACCUGGAGGCGGCCAGAGCUACACUCGCCACCCUGAGGGAGAGGAACGAGGACCUGGCGGACCUCCAUCACGACACCAAAGUCCACAACGAGGAGCUGGAGAAUGAGAUGGGCACACUGCAAGCUGUGAUCCAGGAGCUGAGAGAGGAGGUCAAUGUUCUACAGGGUUACCUGGACACAGCCAACGACCACAUCCAGGACCUGCGUAUGAAGCUUCGUGAGAAGACGGAGAUGGAGAACAGCAUGUCUGAGUCUCAGCGCGAGAAACUGGGUCGUCUUGAGCAGAAGCUGGAGCAGUGCACCGCGGAGCUCCGGAUCUCUCAGAACAUUCUCCAUCAGAAGGAGGAGGAGUCAGAGAAAGGUCAACAGGACCUGCAGGCUUCCCGGGAUGCAUUGCAGGAGACCGAGAAGCUUCUGGAGUGGCGAGAGGCGGAGCUGACGUCCUCCCAGAAGGCAUUGGGAGAUAUGGAAACACAGAUGCAGCGGGCCAACCAGGAAAUGUCUGACUCCCAGAGUGCAGUGCGGCAACAGGAUGCGGAGGUAGUGCGUCUGAGAGAGGUGCUGAGGAGGACAGUGAAGGAGAUGGAUGAGAGAAUAGCUCAUCUGGGAGAGAAGUGUAAAAUCUUGGAGGAGGAGAGAAAUAGGGGCCAGGGGAGAGUGGAGGAGCUGACUGCAGAGCUGAGCCUCCUGCAGGAGAACUGGAGGAGUGAGAAGGAGGUGCAGGAGCAGCUGGCGCAGGCACACACCUCCCUGACUGAGGAGCUGAAGAAGGAAAAGGAGCGUGCAGCCUCCCUGGCCUCGGGGCUGGAGAGAGUUAGGGAGGAGACCGAGGACGAGAGGAAACAGUUGGAGGAUGAGUUGGAGGAGGCUCUAGUGGAGUUGUCAGUUCUGGAGUUGCAGGAAGAGAGGAGGGAGGAGGAAGAGAAGAGGAGAGAGGAGGCCUUACAGAGUUUCCAGCAGGAGAAGACUGUGAUGGAGAGGGGACCAGAGCACUGCUAGACAGGAGAAGCUGUGCCGUGGAGGCGUUGGAGAAGGUGCACGGUGCUGAAACGAGGAGGCUGCAGGAGGAACACACCACCUCCCUCAGCAAGAUGGGACACAUGGCCACUGAACU